UCGCGCGCGCGUCUAUAUAGCGAACGCGAACACGAGCACUGAGACGCCUCCAUUCCUGGCAACAUUCAUCUUCGUUUCCCAGCUCGAUCGAUCUAGCUGCACAGGAGGAGAGCAGAGGCAAAUUAACAGGCCCAAAGUCCGACAUGCACAGAGCUUCACCGCGGAACUCCUCUUCUUCUUCUUCCACGUCGUCGGCAUCUUCUUCGCCACGCAGCAUCAAGCGCGCCCGUCUCGCCGCCGACAGAACCAGCAGACUACUGCUGCCCUGGCCAGCCAACCACCAUGGCGUCGCCCUUUCUGGCCGGCUCUUCUUCCUCUUCCGCUUCGUCGCCCCUCUCUUACAUGAUCCCUAGUUCAUCCCUGGCGCUGGCGGCGCAAGGGCAAGGGCAAGGCUUCCUCUCCUGCGGUGUUUUGGCACAGCAAGGUCCACAGGGAGACGCUGUGGGCGUGGGGGCGCCGAGGCAGGGCGGCACUGGCAGGCACGCGGGGCUGCCGCGGCCGCCGCCGCGGGAUUGCCCGCGGUGCAGGUCGGGCAACACUAAGUUCUGCUACUACAACAACUACAGCCGCAAGCAGCCGCGGUACCUCUGCAGGGCGUGCCGCCGCCACUGGACCGAGGGCGGCACGCUCCGCGACGUGCCCGUCGGCGGCGGCCGCAAGAGCAGGCGCAACAACGGCGCCGGAUCACGCAAGGCCGCCGCCACGAAGGCCUCGGCCUCUCCCUCCACCGCAGACGCAGCCGCGGCUGCUGGCGUCGACGGGUCGUUGGUCGUCCCGGCCGACGUGCUGAGGCAGAUGCUGUUCUUCCAGCCGGCAGGCUUCGAGGGCGGGUACGGCAUUGAUAUGGGCGCGUGGCAGCAGCAGCAAAUGGCUGCUGCUGCGCCGAACGCGACGAAGGCGCCGCAGGGGGUCGGCGGCGAAGUUGGCGCGGGCGUCGAAGGGACGUCGGCGUCGGCGGCGGAUGGUGUCAACUGUGGCGCUGGCAUGCAGUUCUGGAGCGGGGGCUGGCAGCAGAUGCAAGAUGACAUGCCCGGCUUCGACGGGACUUUCUAAUUGAGUACUACGCGCUUGAGCUCCCAGCCGACCGCGGCGGGACGCCGUAGCUUGGGUGAAAUUGCACUUUGUAUUGUGGUCUUGCCCAGACAUUGAAAAGUUUCUGGGUUUACUACGGGCGAGCAGAGCGUGUAUGAUGGUGUUAGCAUUUAUGUGUGUAAUGCGUAUGUACUACAGUGGAGUACUGAAUAGUAGUACUAUUACAUACGGUGUUAUCACA